AUGAUUGGUUCAUUGCAGGCAUCCAUAAUGUCUAAGCAUCUUUCUAAGUCUGAGAGGCCAAGAAAUCUUGAAGAAAGUGCUAAAACUGUUGCUGAAAGUUCCUAUCUUGAGUUCAUCUUGAAUGGUGUCAUCAUUCUAUUGGGAGAUAUACUGUUAAGGUUCCCUUUUGAUAAUGUGCUUUCUCAUGUAUUUUCUCAGGCACACUUGCUUGAAGGCCGUGCUAGUGCUGGUGCAAGUGUUGACUCGGCUAGACAGAACCUUGCUGCCACCUUUGUUAAUGCUUUUGUAAAUGCUGGCUUUGGUCAGGAUAAGUUAAUGACAGUCCCAUCAGACAGUUCUAGUGGUGGCUCUUCUGCCAACUGGCUUUUCAAAAAUAAGGAACAUGGAAAGACUAGUGCUGCAGCAAGUCUUAGUAUGAUUUUACUGUGGGAUGUUGACGCUGGACUUGCCCAAAUUGACAAGUACUUCCACCUAAGUGACAACCAUGUUAUUUCUGGUGCAUUAUUAGGAGUUGGGAUUGUGAACUGUGGCAUCAAGAAUGAUUGUGAUCCUGCUCUGGCACUUCUAGGUGAUUACGUAGAUAAGACUAUCCUAGAAAUUUUAGCAGUACUUUAAAAUGUAUCAAGCUAC